AUGACUACAUUCAUGACCAGCAACAAGCCGCCUGCCGAGUCUUACCCAUUCGGCGGUGGAAAUGGCUUUCGAUCUUACAUCGACAAAAGCAACUGGAAUUUCAUCAUUAACGAGUCGGCAACGAAUACUCCCCGCAAGGCCAUCUCGAAAACGACCAUCAUUUGUCUCAGCAUGGCGAUGGGCUUCAUCACAGUUUGGGCCAUCAUCGCGAUAGUACACUUCAACUUCGCCCUCCACUGGAACAUUGUGGAUCACUAUCAGAGUUCGUGGGUUAUUGAUAACGAACUAAUGUGGCUCGAUGCGCACGGUAUCUUCUGGUUGGCAAUCUUUGUGGCAGCUUGGAUAUUGUGGACAGCGGUCAUGUAUCGAAUGUUCAAGUACGUCAAAUUUGCCCCCUUUCGUGAGGCAAGAUACAAAGAACGUCAAUGUUGUUGA